AUGGAGCUACUGAUUAUGAGCCGCAAGCUGCACAUGCCAGGCGUGCUGGAAUACGCGGAGGGGACCCUGUCGCCAAUGUACUACCCGCGGCCGCCGCCCGAGACGCGCAAGGAGAGGUGGCUGCACAUACUGGGAAGGGAGCGCCAGCUCAUGGAGUGCCUGGCACAGCACGUGCACCCACCCAGCAAGGAGGCGGUCGCUGACGCGAUGGUGGACCUGCACAACUCGCUGGCCCUGCACCCCGACGAUAUGAGGGAUUUUCAGGAGAGCCCCGUGGCUCUGGACAUAAGGGAGGGGCCCCUCACGCGGCAGCAGAUGCAGCUGCUGGCCUGCGUGGCUGAGGCCGCUCGCGUGCUGUAUUGGAUGCGCUACAAAUUCUGA